AUACUACUAUGUGAUAAAUAAAAUAAAGUAAAAUAAUAAGAUUACAGAGUUGAACGACUCAUUCCUCAUUUAUUAGAUCCAAUAUCCAUAUUUUUUUGUGUAAUCCCUGAGUCUGAUCUGGGUUUGUUUGAAAUAAAAAUAAAAUUGAAAUCAGAUGGCCGCUCCACCCGCCAGAGCACGAGCCGAUUAUGAUUGCCUCAUCAAGCUUCUCUUGAUCGGUGAUAGCGCUGCAUUUGAUGCGCAAUGCAUUAUUGUUUCCCCUUCCGUUAUUGCGAUUGUGAGACGCUGUCUGUGUGUGGGUAAGAGUUGCCUUCUUUUACGUUUUUCUGAUGGUUCUUUCACCACCAGUUUCAUCACUACUAUUGGGAUUGAUUUUAAGAUAAGAACUAUUGAGCUUGAUGGUAAAAGAAUCAAAUUGCAAAUAUGGGAUACCGCUGGACAAGAGCGAUUUCGUACUAUAACAACUGCUUACUAUCGUGGAGCAAUGGGCAUUUUACUGGUGUAUGACGUUACUGAUGAGGCAUCUUUCAACAAUAUUAGGAAUUGGAUUAGAAACAUUGAGCAGCACGCCUCUGACAACGUCAACAAGAUAUUGGUGGGAAACAAAGCUGAUAUGGAUGAAAGCAAAAGGGCUGUUCCUACCGCCAAGGGUCAAGCACUAGCUGAUGAAUAUGGAAUCAAGUUUUUCGAGACUAGUGCUAAGACAAACAUGAACGUGGAGGAGGUUUUCUUCUCAAUUGCCAGGGACAUAAAACAAAGACUCGCUGACUCCGACUCAAAGGCUGAGCCUCAGACCAUAAAGAUUAAUCAGCCGGACCAGAGUGGUGGGUCUGGUCAAGCUGCUCAAAAAUCAGCUUGCUGUGGUUAAGAUAGGGUGAGCAGUGAUCCCUUAAGUUGACCAUUUUCUUAUGACAAUAUUGGUAUUGCUUGUAUUUGCUACCCUCAAUUUUUUUAGAUGCUAAUAUUAUUUGUUUCUCAUUUUUGUAUGAGGAUGAAAUCUCAAUCUCAGCAACUCCCCCGAUUUCCCA